AUGUUCAACAUGUUUUGGCAACAAAAUCCUGAGAAAAAGGUUUCCUACGAGACUUACAGAACUAUAUUUGUAACUAAAUUCAACAUAAGUUUUGGCUAUCCACGAACGGAUACCUGCAGUUCCUGUGAUGAGCACAAGGCCAAGAAGAUGAGCAUCGAAAACGAUCCUUCACAAAAAGCCUUUUUAUCUCGUUUGGAAACAGAAUAUAAACGGCAUCUUCGAAAAGCUGAAACGUUUUACAAAAGAAAGAGAGCAGCCCGUUUAAAUUCUCAAAAAAGAGGCAAUAGCAAUGAAUUUUCAAAAAAUUUUGCCAGUGCCCAAUAUCAGAAAUGA